ACUCCCAAGGAUGUAGGAUCAUCGGCCUUCUUCCCCAACCAAAAAACAUUCCUUCACGAACCACAGACAGAUUUCUGUCCCAUCUCCAGCAUAGCUCGAUCCUUCGCUACCCGCCAUUCUUCCUCCUCGCAAAAACCAGAAGCUAGGUUUUGCGCCCCUCGUUGGACGGUCGCUUCUCCCUCCGGCGCCGCAGACAAGCUGCCUAGGAAACAAGGUUGCGUUCUCCUUGGGCGUACUGAACUCCUGACUGUCUUUUGUCAGAUAUGGUAACCGAAGAAUAUGAUAGUAGCUAUGAUGUUGACAUUGAUGAGUUAUUUAUUUCAAUGAGGACAGAUUUAAAUCGCCACAUGUCGCAGGCUGAGGAUCGUGCAAAUGGAAACAGGUGUUGCCUGAUAUGCAAAAUAGUGCAUCGCAUUCGCCUGACCGACCGUACCGCGUAUGAGCCGAGCGCUCUCGCAAUUGGUCCUUAUCACCAUGCAGAUCCACCACUUCAAGCUAUGGAAAUGGAGAAGUGGAUAUGUCUACACUACAUUCUUGAUUUGAAUCGCGAUGUUAGGUUGCGUGACUACCUGAGCUUGAUUUCUGGACUAGAGAAAGAAGCAAGAUGCUAUUACACCGAGGAGAUAAGCAUGGAUAGUAGAGAGUUCCUGCAGAUGCUUCUGCUAGAUAGCUGCUUUAUUCUGGUGUACCUUGGUCGUAUCAAUGCACAAGGAGCUUCUGUUGGUGGUGAACAAUUGAAAGAAAACAGAGCAUACGAAAGAAAGAAGGAACCAACGGAGUUGAGCCAGAUCAAUACAGCCUGCUGCCCAAGUGUUAGUGGGCACUCAGCGGUGGACAUAGAACUAAAUCAAUUUGUUAAAGAUCCUGAGGGUAGCCCUGACCAGGGGAUUUGCAGCGGUACUGUGGAAUGGUAUAACAGUUCUGCUGUCUAUGAUCUACUUUUGCUGGAGAACCAAAUUCCCUUCUUCAUUGUCAAGACAAUUUAUCUGUUCUUCUCAUGCAAUGUAACAACUACUUCGUUACUUACCGACAGCAUUUCAGAAUUCAUGGAAGGCAUUCUUUACCACUUCCCUAAAGUACUAACUGAGGCAAAUAGGCCAAAAGAUUUCUACCAUCUGCUUCACCUGUGUCAUAAGUACCUGAAACCUAGUCACAAUCUGGAGGAUGACCAUCAUAGAUAUGCUGCAAAUUUUCACUGCUUGCACUUCAUAUUUGACAUCAGCCGGAAGAUCUUCACUUUUGGACGGGUGCAAGGAAUGUCCCAUGACCAAAACAUGUUCCAUGAGCUAGAUUGGUCGAAUUCAGUACAGAAAUUUAAUCGGUGGCGUAGAGCAGUGGACUAUCAUGAAGCAGGAAUGCAGUUCAAAAAGCGGGAGUUUGACGAAGCCAAACCUCAUUCCCUGUUGGACAUUAGAUUCAGAAACGGUCUCAUGGAAAUACCAUGCUUGCCAAUAGAUGACAAGUCUUCUUUGCUUUUCAGAAACCUUGUAGCUUUUGAGCAAACCUGUCCUCAAGUUGGGGAUGAUAUCACUGCAUAUGUUGUGCUUCUGUCCCAGCUUACUAGUACGGCAGCUGAUGUUACUCUUCUUUCUCAGAAAGGGAUUAUAGUGCACCAGAUGGAAAGUGACGAGGAUGUAUCGACUCUUUUCACAAAGCUUUUUGAGUAUGUAGUAUUUAACUUCAAUGGUGAACACUACCUAAAGUCCCUAUGUUAUGCCAUGGAAGCACACUACCAAAGUCGUAUUAAUAGGUGGAUGGCAUGGCUGUGGCACAAUCACUUCAGCAAUCCCUGGGUAGGUUUUGCCGCGAUAGCUUCUGCUUUUAUAGUUGUAUGCAGCAUUAUGCAAACUGUUCUUGCUUUCUUGUCAUACAUGGAAUGAAGUGUUGAAAUAUGCCACAAGACAGUUAUGGAUAUGAUUAUAUAUCCUUGCAUAAAUUAUUAAGUACUAUCUUUGAAAAUUAUCGUAAUA